AUACAGCCGGGAAGUCGGUGCCCACUCCACGUCUUCGCGGGCGGUGAGGCGAGUUAGGGUUUGAGCGCGUCGUGGGGUCGGGGCGCCGGUCGCUAGCUUUCUGCCUCUGUCGCCUCGUAUUUCCUGCCGGGGGAUGGCGACGUACACCUGCAUCACCUGCCGGGUGGCGUUCGGCGACCCCGAGCUGCAGCGGGCCCACUACAAGACGGACUGGCACCGCUACAACCUGAAGCGGAAGGUGGCCGACAUGGCCCCCGUCACGGCCGAGGGCUUCCAGGAGCGCGUGCGGGCGCAGCGGGCCGUGGCGGAGGAGGAGAGCAAGGGCACGGCCACCUACUGCACCGUCUGCAGUAAGAAGUUCGCCUGUGCGAACGCCUACGAAAACCACCUCCGGUCCCGGCGGCACGUGGAGCUGGAGAGGAAGGCGGUGAGUCGCAGGGUGGAGAUGAUGAAUGAAAAGAACUUGGAGAAAGGGUUGGGCGUGGACCGUGUUGACAAGGACGCCAUGAACGCGGCCAUCCAGCAGGUCAUCAAGGCCCAGCCGUCUCCCAAGAGGGCCCCUCCGGCGCCGGGGAAGGACUCCGGGGGUCCCGGGGCGGUGGCCGAAGGAGGGCGUGCGGCCGACGACCGAGACCCGGCCGAGAAACCUCCCCGGUUGCAGUGGUUUGAACGGCAGGCGAAGAAGCUGGCAAAGCAACAGGGCGAGGAGGAGAGCGAGGAGGGGGACCUGGAUGGAGACGAUUGGGAAGAUAUUGAUUCUGACGAAGAAAUGGAAUGUGAAGAUGCGGAAUCGAUGGACGAGUUGGAGGAGCAGGAUGCAGAGGAGGAAGAGGCGGGGGCAGGCGCUCCUCUUGGUGCCAUCUCCAUAAAGGACUGCUUAUUUUGUUCCCAUCAUUCAAGCUCCCUCAUGAAGAAUGUGGCUCACAUGACUAAAAUCCACAGCUUCUUUAUUCCUGAUAUAGAAUAUCUUUCGGAUCUUAAGGGACUGAUCCAGUAUUUGGGAGAGAAAGUUGGUGUUGGGAAGAUUUGCUUAUGGUGCAAUGAGAAAGGGAAGUCCUUUUACUCCACGGAAGCUGUGCAGGCACACAUGAAUGACAAAAGCCACUGUAAGCUCUUCACAGACGGGGAUGCUGCUUUGGAAUUUGCAGACUUCUAUGACUUCAGGAGUAGCUACCCAGAUCACAAGGACAGGGAGGAUCCUGAUGAGACCGAGGAGUUGCCUUCAGAAAAGACCUUGGAUUAUGAUGAUGAAACCAUGGAGCUGAUUCUACCAUCUGAGCACUGUCUCCUGUGGCACUCCAUUUUCCAGCUUGAUACCCUGUGGAGUCUGCUUUGGAAAGCCCUUGCUUUAUAUAUUGCUCCUCUGAAAAACAGAGCCCUGGGAUGGACUGGCAGCACAGGAGCAGCUCUUAUGAACAAACGGGACAUGCAGUAUGUCCAGAGGAUGAAGUCAAAAUGGUUGCUGAAGACGGGAAUGAAGAACAAUGCCACCAAGCAGAUGCACUUUAGGGCCCAAGUGAUGUUCUGAGGGCCUGCUGUGGAUUGAGGCAUUGUCUCCUGUACAGGGGUCCUUGCCUGGGAACCAGCAGAAGCUGAUUGUAUGACAGUCCUUUUGCUGCUACUUCUCCCUGUACUUUAUCUGUUCUGACCGAAUAAUAAAAGGCAGAAUCAUA